UAUAAAUACCCUCCUCUCCCCUCCCCCUUUCCCCUUCCUCCUCCGUUUCAAGAUCUUUCCAUCUCAGCUUCACCCCAAACAAGAGACAACCAUACAAUAACGCCGAAGGAGUGAAAAUCUCUCAUCCUUCCAAUUUUCUCACCUCCCAAACACCAUUUUCCCGAUAAGAUUACUGUGUAAUUAUUUAUACCUAAAAAUGUCCGAUGCCUAUUGCUCCGACUGCAAGCGCCAGACGGAGGUCGUGUUCGACCACUCGGCGGGUGAUACCGUGUGCUCCGAGUGCGGUCUAGUGCUCGAGUCUCAUUCCAUUGAUGAGACCUCGGAGUGGCGUACCUUCGCCAACGAGUCGGGCGAUAACGACCCGGUCCGUGUUGGUGGGCCUACCAAUCCCCUGUUGGCCGAUGGCGGGCUGUCCACCGUCAUAGCCAAGCCCAAUGGGGCUUCUGGUGAGUUCUUGUCUUCGUCCUUGGGUCGGUGGCAGAACCGUGGGUCUAAUCCGGAUCGGGGCUUGAUAAUGGCGUUCAAAACCAUCGCUACCAUGUCCGAUAGGUUGGGCCUUGUUGCAACCAUCAAGGAUCGGGCUAAUGAGAUAUAUAAGAGGGUUGAAGAUCAGAAAUCUAGUAGGGGAAGAAAUCAGGAUGCGCUAUUGGCUGCUUGCCUGUACAUUGCUUGUCGACAAGAAGACAAGCCACGCACUGUAAAGGAAAUUUGUUCUGUCGCCAAUGGAGCCACAAAGAAGGAAAUUGGCCGAGCAAAAGAAUACAUAGUGAAACAACUGGGAUUGGAGAAUGGUCAGUCGGUGGAGAUGGGAACAAUACAUGCUGGGGACUUUAUGAGGCGAUUUUGUUCCAAUCUGGGUAUGAUUAAUCAAGCAGUCAAGGCUGCUCAUGAAGCUGUGACAAAGUCCGAAGAAUUUGAUAUAAGGCGGAGCCCUAUAUCGAUAGCAGCAGCAGUUAUUUAUAUUAUCACCCAGCUUUCAGACGAUAAGAAGCCUCUCAAAGAUAUCUCCGUUGCUACCGGAGUAGCGGAAGGAACAAUCAGAAACUCGUACAAAGACCUUUAUCCCCAUGUGUCAAAGAUUAUACCGGGCUGGUACGCAACAGAGGAUGCUCUCAAGAACCUCUGCAGCCCUUGAAAUGUAGACGAAGCGGAUUAAUUAAAAACACGGAGAAAAUUGAAUUGAAUUGAAUUGGAGAGUGUUUUUUCCUUGCGUUGUGUUUAACAGUCGGAUGUAUGAACGAUGCAGAAGGCUUAAAUUGUUUUAUACAAUUGCUUUUCAUAGUAAAUUAUAUCAUUCAAUUGACUGAAUUCA